AUGCCAAAAGAACAGUAUCGCGAAACUUACAUUGGAAGAAAGAUAUCUCAUGUUACAUUCAAUGUGGACAGUGCAUCAGAUAUACAGCAAGCAGCCAAUAUACAAGUGAUUACAAAGAAUUUAUAUGCUCAAGAUGGACAGAGGACACCAGCUACUUACGGCGUGCUGGACAGACGCAUGGGUACAAAUCAAAAGGAUGCCAACUGUGAGACUUGUGGCCUGGGGCUGGCAGAUUGCAUUGGUCACUAUGGUUAUAUAGAGUUGGCACUACCGGUGUUUCAUGUUGGUUACUUUCGUUCAAUAAUAACCAUACUGCAGACUAUAUGCAAGGACUGUGCAAAAGUAAUGUUACCGGAAAAAAUAAAAAAAUCAUUCAGACGCAAAUUCAUAAAUCCAGAACUAUCAUACUUACACAAGAAAACAUUGCGAGCGGCUGUGCUAAAGAAGGCGAAAACGUGUACAAAGUGCCCUUAUUGUGACUCUCUAAACGGCAUUGUCAAAAAGAGCCCCGCUGGAAUAUUGAAGAUCAUACAUGAUAAGUACAGGACAAAGAAACCAACCGAUCCAAUCGUUCAGAAUGUGCUUAAAAACUUUCACGAGGCCAAGGAAUCUAAUAAGGAGAUAGCAGCAAUGAUAAAUAGUGGUUUGAUCAUAGAAUUAAGUCCAUUAGAGGUGUUAAAUUUAUUCCGACGUAUACCAGAUGAAGAUAUUCCAUUGCUGGGAAUGAAUGUAAAGGCCUGCCGUCCCGAGGAUCUGAUUUUGACACGAUUGCUCGUACCGCCACUGUGUAUUCGGCCUAGUGUCGUCUCUGAUAUCAAGGCUGGCACCAACGAAGACGACCUGACGAUGAAACAAUCGGAGAUCCUGUUGAUCAACGACGUGAUCGCGCGGCACAUCGCCAGCGGCGGCAAGAGCGAGCUGCUGCAGGAGGACUGGGACUACCUGCAGCUGCACGCCGCGCUCUACAUCAAUAGCGAGAUGUCCGGCAUCCCGCUCUCCAUGCAGCCCAAAAAACCGGGAAGGGGUUUGGUACAACGGCUAAAGGGUAAACAGGGUCGGUUCCGCGGCAAUUUGUCCGGGAAACGUGUCGACUUCUCCAGUCGAACCGUCAUCUCGCCGGACCCCAACCUGCAGAUACAAGAGGUGGGUGUGCCGGUGCACGUGGCCAAGGUGCUGACGUACCCGGAGCGCGUGUUCCCGGCCAACCUGGCGUGGCUGCGGCGCCUGGUGUGCCACGGGCCCGACGCGCACCCCGGCGCCAACUACGUGCAGCAGCGCGGCCUCAGCCACAAGAAGUACCUCAAGUACGGCAACCGGGAGAAGAUCGCGCAGGAACUCAAGUGCGGUGACAUAGUGGAGCGGCACCUAGUGGACGGCGACGUGGUGCUGUUCAAUCGGCAGCCAUCGCUACACAAGCUGUCCAUCAUGUGUCACCGAGCUCGCGUACAGCCGCAGAGGACAUUCAGGUUCAACGAGUGCGUGUGUACACCAUACAACGCAGAUUUCGACGGCGAUGAAAUGAACAUGCAUCUACCGCAGACUGAGGAGGCCCGAGCAGAGGCGCUCAUACUUAUGGGGAACAAAUCGAACCUGGUGACACCGCGGAACGGCGAGCUGCUGAUCGCCGCCACGCAGGACUUCAUAACGGGCGGGUACCUCAUCACGCAGCGAGACACCUUCUUCACGCGGGCCGAGGCGCAGCAGCUGGCCGGCUGCCUGCUGGCCGGGCCCGACAGCACCAUGAGGAUCGACAUGCCCGAGCCCGCCAUCCUUAAGCCGAGGAUGCUGUGGACGGGGAAGCAGAUUUUUAGUUUAAUAAUGAAACCGAACAAACGUUGCGAGGUCAAAGCCAACUUAGAAGUGAAAGGCAAGAAUUACACGGGCAACCAGGACAUGUGCGUGCAGGACUCUUAUGUAAUAAUAAGGAACUCGGAACUGCUGUGCGGCUCGAUGGACAAGAGCACUCUGGGUUCGGGGACCAAGAGCAGUAUCUUCUACAUCCUGCUGCGAGACUGGGGGGAGGAGUACGCGGUCAGGGGCAUGUGGAGACUAGCGCGUAUGGCUUCUUACUACAUGAUGAAUAGGGGAUUCAGCUUUGGCAUAAUCGACGUGACGCCGGGCAAAAAGCUUAUCGAAGCAAAGAAUAAAUUACUGGAGUCUGGGUAUUCGAAGUGUGACGGCUACAUCCUGGAGAUGGAGAAAGGCACGUUGCAAUGUCAGCCCGGAUGCACCAUGGAGGAGACCCUUGAAGCAAUGAUGCUCAGCGAAUUGAGCAGUAUCAGAGAGCUGGCUGCGAAGGCUUGCUUUCGAGAGCUGCAUCCGACCAACGCACCGCUUAUAAUGGCGCAAAGUGGCUCAAAAGGUUCGAACAUCAACAUCUCGCAGAUGAUCGCGUGUGUGGGCCAGCAGGCGUUGAACGGGAAACGAGUGCCCAACGGCUUUGAAGACAGAUCGCUGCCACAUUUUGAGAGACAUUCCAAAAUCCCGGCUGCACGUGGGUUCGUGGAAAACAGUUUUUACUCGGGGCUGACUCCUACUGAGUUCUUCUUUCACACUAUGGGCGGCCGCGAGGGGCUCGUCGACACCGCGGUCAAAACUGCAGAGACGGGAUAUUUGCAACGGAGACUAGUUAAGUCGCUGGAAGACCUGGUGCUGCAGUACGACAUGACGGUGCGUAAUGCAACGGGUGAGGUGGUGCAGUUCCGCUACGGUAGCGACGGCCUAGAUCCCAGCUACAUGGAGGGCAAGGACCGUCCGGUAGACCUGGCACGAGUCCUGGCAGAUGUACGCGCACAGUGCCAUGCUCGGGACGAGGAGCCACUUGACGGGGACGGGAUUGUACUGGCGGCAGAAGAGACCCUCGCGUUAGAUGACUUCAAAACAUGCCCAGACGAGUUCAAAAAAGAAUUAUUGUCGUUUCUGAAGACGGUAGCAGACAAGGUGCGCAGACUCCGCAGCAAGUUCCAGCAGUGCGGCCCCGUGGCGCUGCAGCUGGAGAGGCUGACGCUGCCGCAGCUCGUGCGCUUCGUGCGCGUCUGCCACGACAAGUACCAGCGCGGCGUCAUCGAGCCCGGCACCGCCGUGGGCGCGCUGGCCGCACAGAGUAUCGGAGAGCCCGGCACCCAGAUGACCUUAAAGACUUUCCAUUUCGCUGGCGUAGCGUCAAUGAACAUCACCCAGGGAGUACCUAGAGUCAAGGAGAUUAUCAACGCGUCAAAGAAUAUUUCCACGCCCAUUAUCACUGCCGAACUGAUGCAACCGUAUGAUCAGGAGUUCGCAAGGCGAGUUAAGGGACGCGUGGAGAAGACAACACUUGGUGAAAUCACGACGUAUAUCGAGGAGGUGUACCUCCCGAGUGAAUGCUUCCUACUGAUCCGUCUGGACGCGGAGCGCAUCAAAUUGCUCAGCUUGGAAGUCAAUGUGCACACCAUUGUUUAUUCAAUAUGCACGUCGAAGUUGAAGAUCAAGGCGGGCAACGUGCAAGUGGUGUCGGAGUGGGCGAUCAAGGUGUGCGGCGAGGCGAGCAAGAGCGGCGGCUGGCUCAACGUGAGCCUGCAGCAGCUGGCGCGCGCGCUGCCCGCCGUCGUGGUGCAGGGCCUGCCCAGGGUCUCCCGCGCAGUCAUCGCCUGUGACGACGCCAGGGGCGCCACCAAAUACAAAUUAUGCGUUGAAGGUGAUGGACUAAGAGACGUCAUAGCAACAUAUGGAGUGGAUGGCACUAAAACUUCAUCGAACAAUAUUCUAGAGGUGUACCAGACACUGGGCAUCGAGGCGGCCAAGUCGACGAUCAUUAGCGAGAUCCAGGGCGUGAUGGCGGGGCACGGCAUGGCGGUGGACCGGCGCCACGUGGAGCUGCUGGCGGCGCAGAUGACGGCGCGCGGCGAGGUGCUGGGCAUCACGCGCUACGGGCUCGCGCGCAUGAAGGAGUCCGUGCUCAACCUGGCCAGCUUCGAAAAAACUGCGGACCAUCUGUUCGACGCGGCGUACUACGGACAACGGGACUCGAUCGAGGGCGUAUCGGAGUCCAUUAUUGUUGGAGUUCCUGCCGCAAUCGGCACCGGAUGCCUUCAGCUGUUGCAUCGACACGACAAACCGCUUGCCAAGUCGCUCGAUCAGUCGCUCGACAAGCCGCAAACCAGGCCACUGCUCUUCGACGAUCCUCGAUACCACACAUCCAUAUGGGAAUAG